UUUCCUGUCGUAUUUUGGCGCAAACUGUAAACUUCACCCCUCGCCGCGGUGGGGGGAGGCGGUGGCAGGGAUGCCGUCCUGCAGGCACGUCCCGCCCCAGCCCUCUUGCGGGACCCCUUCCUGCAGCCCCGCACCUGCAGCUCCGGCCCAUUCCCACUCCCCAAACCUCCUCCCCUCCCCCUCUGACACCCGGACCGUGGCACUGCAGGGCGGGGGGUGCAGUGUGGGGGAUUGCAGCCUCACCGUGAUGCCGUGUUCCUGCAGGGAGCGGCAGGAGCAGCUGAUGGGAUACCGCAAGCGGGGCCCCAAGCCGAAGCCGCUCGUCGUGCAGCUGCCCUCCUUCGCCCGCCGCUCCAACAUCCUGACGGGGCUGCAGGACCCCACCGUGGACACCCGGCCGAAGCUGGACCUCGGCUCCUCCGGCAAGAGCCAGCAGCACCAGUAUGAGCUCAACAGCAAGAAGCACCACCAGUACCAGCCCAACGGCAAGGAGAGCGGCGUGAAGCACCAAUCCCACAGCAAGGGCAAGUACUACUACCAGCUCAACAGCAAGAAGCACCACCACUACCAGCCUGACCCCAAGAUGUAUGAGCCCCACUACCAUCCCAGCAGCAAGGAGCCGCAGGGCCAGGCCUGCUUGGACAGCACCAAGAGCCCCCUGGGCGCCCACCCGGAUAAGUGGGCGCACGGUGCGGCCAAGAACCUGCUGGGCCCAGUCAAGAACCUCGCUACUGAGAGCAAGAACGGGGCUGAGAAGAACCUGUCCAGUGGCACCGGGCCCCCCCCUCGGGACAGGGUCACCAGCAACGGGCUCGGGGGCAAGAUGAAGAUCGUCAAGAACAAAAACAAGAACGGGCGCAUCGUGAUCGUCAUGAGCAAGUACAUGGAGAAUGGCAUGCAGGCGGUGAAGAUCAAGUCUGGGGAGCCACCCCGGAAGCGGGCGCCAGAGGAGAGGACUGCUAAGAAGGGCGGGGAGGAGAAGCCGGAGGCCUGGAGGAAGCCGGGCGAGGAGAGGGCGGUGGGCAGCAAUGGCCUGAGCGCUGCGGAGGGCGAGAGCAGGCAGCCCGCUGCUGAGCUGCAGGAGGGCCCCAGGAAGCCCUCUCCGAGCAAGGAGCUGCCCCUGCCCGUGGCUGAGCAGCCGCUACAGCUUACCACCAAGCCAGACCUCGUGCCCUGGUCGCUGAGCCCCGGGCAUGAGCACAGCCCGUCCUCCAUGGGACUGAACCUCUCAAGCCCCAGCGCACGCAAGCGCUGCCUGUCAGAGCCACACGGGGACCGUGAGCCGGGCAAGAAGCGCCUGACGUCGCGCAGCAUCAGUGCCCCCACCUGCCUCGGCCCCGAGCGGCCGGAGCUGGCCGCCCAGCCCGAGGUCAUCCUGCUGGACUCAGACCUGGACGAGCCCAUAGACUUGCGCUGCGUCAAGCCGCGGGCGGAGGGCAAGGCGGCCCUGGUGCAGGUGAAGCCGGAGGAGCCGCCGGUGCCGGCCGAGCAGCCGCCCAUAGAGCCCCAGCAGCAACCCGGGCAGGCGGCCGAGGAGGAGGAGGAGGAAGAGGCCGAAGGCCUGCAGGAAUUCAAGCCCUUCUUUGGGAAUAUAAUUAUCACAGACGUGACCGCGAACUGCCUGACCGUCACCUUCAAGGAGUACGUGACGGUGUGAGGCGGCUGCUCCCCAUGGGAGCACAGCCCCGCUGCUGCCCCGUCCCCAAAGCCUACAUGGGGUGGCAUCUCCGGCCCCGGUCACUGCGGGAUGUGGGGCCCUGCACUGCCCCGCACGGUGCCCACUGCUGCUGCUCCCACUGCGGGUGCUGUGGGGCUGCCCUGGGCGCCGUGGGGCCGGGCGGUUACUCAGAGUUAUAGUAUUAUAUUUUAACAGUGCUAACUUGUCGAGUGAUUCUUGCUCCCGUUUGUACGUGGUGUUAUUGAAAUGUAUUGUUUGAGCUGAAGGCUGGUCGCCCUCCGACUGUGCUAAUAUAUUUAUUUGUAGGUAUUUAUAUAAUGAAAUAUAAAGCCUAGAUUUAUGGAGUCCCUAGAUCACCUUAUAAACUAUAUCAGACGACUAUUUUCUGUUCUCCUUUUUAACCAUUUGGCAUUUGUUAGUCUCGUCCCCCCCCAUGCCCCGCAGGACCAUCCCUGGUAUAUAUUUUUUGAUACUGUACACAUGUGGUGUUUCUAUGUGCAAAAAAAAAAGAAAAAAAAUCGUUAUCUAAAGCUAAACGAGCUAUUAUAGAAAUUGCUGCUAUUAGAAAUGUCUAAACUAUAAGCUUCCAGUUAUUAAUUGCUUGAAUGUAAAUAUUAAAUGGAGAUGUUUGAAAGUGCAUUUGAUGUCUGCGGCGGGUUGGGUCGGACAGCAGAGCCCGGCUGCUCCCAGGGCUGCAUCACGGGGGAGAAAUGUAUCAUGCAAUCAUUGCAAAGGAUUAUAAACCUUUAUAAAAGCUA